AUGUAUAUUAGAACACUAGAUGCUGAAGAUUUUCGUAGUUUUCAAGCUAUCCAAGAACCGGAAUUUAUUAGUCCAAGUUGUUCGUUUAAAACAAGUAUAGCUGGAAAAAAGGGAAAAUACGAAUCAAAGAGUAAACAGGCCACAAAAUGUAACAAUCGACUGAGAAUAAUUGAAUCACUUAAACAAAUGUGUGAUGGAAAAAGAACUUGUGAACUACCAAUAUCUCACCUAAUACUUAAUUCAACUCAGUGCUUUGAAGAAGAAACUACUUCUGUUCUAGUUAAAUACCAAUGUUUGCCUGAUCUUGGCUCAGCUUUAUUUGAAGCAAUUUGUACAGACACAUAUAUGGAGGUAAACUGUAAUACAGAACGUUCUUUAAAUGCUCUGGUUGUACUUAGUGCAAAAUUUGAAAAAGAAAUUAAAUCAUUUAAUGCUACUUCACUUCAUGAAUGUCCGAUUGCUCCAACUGAAACAGCAAUUGGAUUGUCAAACAGUAUAUGUUCAUCUACAAUAGACAUUACAAAUUAUUUGAGCAAUACAUGUGAUGGACGUGGUUCGUGUUCAAUUAAUCCAAAUACAAUUGAUUUGUCGAUAAAUGAAAUACAGAAAUGUGGAAAAAUGCACCUUAGUUUAGUUUAUGUUUGUGUACCAACGGAACUGAUUAUGACAAAAAAAUUCAUCGACACUAGUAAUCAGCGACACAAUGAGAAACAAAAAACAAUUCAAAGGCAACCGAAAGGUAUGGAAAUUAUUUUUUAUAAAAGUAUGAACGUUGGUGUUUGA